AUGCCACCAAUUCGCAGUGAAUCUAGCCAUAAAUUGGCCAACCAAGAGGGCAAGAUCCUAUUGGCCCUUUCUGAUUUAAAAGAGGGCCGUAUCUCUUCUAUCCGCGCAGCAGCAAAGCUAUAUGAGAUACCCUACACUACCCUAUAUGCGCGCGCCGAUGGCCGCGUCUCACGCGUUGAUAAGCGCCCAUCUGGUCAUAAAUUGACCCAAACCGAAGAGGAUGCGCUUGCUGAGUGGAUAUUAUCUAUGGAUUCACGUGGAGCAGCGCCUAGACCGGCUACUGUGGGAGAAAUAGCUAAUAUCCUACUUGCUACGCGCGGUAGUAACCCUCCGCCUACUGUUAGUGUUAAUUAG